AUGGCAGACAAGAAAGGGCAGGCAAAGGAAGCGGCUCCUGAGAAUGGAAUCCUUAAUCCCUCUGGCGCAGCGGUCAUGGCUGUCACACCCAUGUAUCUUGCUCUCGUGCCCGCCACAUCGUACCUCACAAAGCCAGAAAGCAUAUGCCAAUCCCUCGUCCACGCGCUCGUAAAGCUCAUCCCAGGCAUAAAUGCCCCCGCCAUAACCUCGGGCCGCGCAAUCCCCGCCCUUGCCACGCUGUAUCUCUUCUGGACCUUUGGCCCAUCCGGCGCCCUUUCCGCUGCCGGCCAAGCCAUGGGCCGCCGCGGCGGCUUCGACAAUAAUCACCCGCGGAAACACAUCCACGCGCUGAACGGCUUGCCGCUGAGACUGUACAGUGCGCAUAAUGCAUUGGUGGAGAUGUUUCCGGCAUUCGCUCUCGCCGCAGCGCUAUCUCAGAUCAUCGCUCCAAACGACGCGCAAAUUGUCAAUUUGCUGGGCCUCCACGUCAUGUCGAAGCUCCUGAUAUUUUACCCGGCUUAUCUGAGCAAUGUGGCUAUGGUAAGGAGCUUGUCGCAUGUAGGUGCUACGGCAGCGCUCAUCAAUGUGUGUUGGAGAUUGGCGGGCGCGAGUUCCUAGAGAAACUUUGUGUCUUUUGAGGGCUUUGCCGUGGUUGGUGAGGAGCAGAGUAACGCGGGAGAAUGAAAUAUGUUAGCGACUACUGCCGAAAGAAGUCAUCGAGGAGGAGCAAAAGGCUAUUUUCGUGCAUUAUCAUUGGAUACCAUGUGUCCCCUCACUUCCAUCAGAUUUACAAAGUAGUUAACAAAUAUAGUACC